AUGGAAGGCUACGAAUCAAGGGUAGGGUUAGAGCUUCUGGUGGCAAAAGGUGGUAGUGGGUGGCAUGGGCGGUGUGUGGCUGGGAUGAAGGGAGAGAUGGGGAGGAAGAGAAAGAAGUGUUGGCAUCGCCAGCAAUUCGUCAGCAUCAAAGGCAAACUCAUCGAUGUCAAAGAGAUCGAAGUGAGCACGGUAUCUAUCAAGUUACUAUACUUGGCUGCUGGAGCAGGGAUUGCUGCACAAAUGCAGGUCUCAUGCUGGACCAUCACAGGAGAAAGACAGGCUUCUAGAUUACAAGGCUUGUACUUUGAAACAUUGUUAAGACAAGAAAUUGGAUACUUUGACACUGAAAUGACAGUGGGACAAGCCCUUGGGAUGGCUUCAAGUGAUGCCAUAACCAUUCAAGAUGCAAUGAGUGCAGAGAUAGGAAAGUCUAUCCAAUACUUGUCAACCUUUCUUUGGUGGGUUUUUAAUUGCCUUUGCUAGAGAAUGGCUU